CUUGUAUUGCCCAUAUUUCCAUUUCGAACCCGAAGUCACUUUCGCGGCGUGAAGUAGCGGCAAGUGACUACCUUCGACAAGUACAAGCGUCCCUGCUCCUUGUCGCCCUACGUGUAUCGUCCCAUACACGUGUUGAUCGUUGGCUUAUCGUCCUUGUGACCACCUACGGGAUCGAGUGCGCGUCGUGUUGUAUAGCACCCACAAUUGCUUCCCACCCAGUCCCAGAAUCAUCUCGAAGGAACAGCAUCCCGCACGAGUUACCUCACCACACAAGACAGGAAAUAUGAUGCUCGGUAUGUACGCAGAGGACCCUUUGGCCAAGCAACAAAGCCAACAUGCACAGGCGGCGCAUGUUCAAGCCAAGGCCAUGCUGGGAGCAGAUUCGGCGAUCGCCGACAUUCUUGACGGCGAUAUGAACUGGUUUACCGACGGCGGCCUCCUUCGAAUGGAGGAAUUUGGUCACGACAUCGAUUGGGUCCAUGAAGAACUAGAUCAGUCGUUGCAUCUUCAAUGCGCCCAUGGCGACAGCGAAGACCUGUUUGCCCGCGAGUUCUCUCCGUAUGCCCCCCCUGCAACAGUCAUUGCAUCAGAGCCAACAUCACAUCACCAUCCGACAGCGUCAGACGGAAUCUCCAUGGCCGGCGGGCUGCGAGCAUGCGAUGCGACCGAGAAGCUGUUGAUGAGCUUCGAUACGAUGACCUACACAAGUCCAUCUCCGGUGUCGUCCCCUCGUCAUCGAGAGCACGACGACUUGCUUGACGACGAUACCAUGGAUGACGACAUGGAUGACGACUUGGAGGACGACGACGAUCAUGACAGCUCGAUGGAUGCCACUUCAUCAUCCCUCCUGCAUGCGCAGCCGGUGGUGUCGGACUUGGAAUCGCAUAUUCACGGGUUGAUGCUCAUGCCGCCGACCAAGUCGCUGAGCACGACGUCGCCGUCCAAGCCGUCGGACAAGGUGAUUGCAAACGGCGCGCCAGAUGGCAAGUUCAAGAAGCUGUUCGAACCGAUCGUCCACCAGCGCACGAUUGGCGCGUACACGCCGACGGCACGGAAGCUCCGCCUGGAGAAGUUCCACGAGAAGCGAAAGAAACGCAUUUGGAAGAAGAGCAUCAAGUACGACUGCCGGAAAAAGCUUGCGGACGACCGACCGCGUAUCAAGGGCAGGUUUGUGCGCGUGUUGGAGAACUUAGGAUUGAAACCCGACGACGGCGACGCGGCCAAGCUGCUGCUCCUGGAAGACGGCGAGAUCGACCCCGCCUCGCUCGGCCUGCCUACCGCCGCUACCUCCACGACCGCCCCCAUGACGCCACCAGCCUUGUCCAACUCGCUGGUACCCGCCGCCCAGACAACCAUCCCAGGCACCAGCGUUGUCGUGCCAGCGGCCAUCGUGAUCGGACAGUCAAGUAGUGAGCUGACGCCACCGCAAGGAAAUAGUCCGUUGGCGGCCGCGACGCUGAGCCCCGCCGUGAGUCAUCACUCGAUCCACUUUGGGAGCUUUGGCACGUUCCCGUCGCCGGUGGUGAUGGUCAAAUUGGAGCCGCCGCCGCCGCCGGCGACCGCGUUUCCCCUCGUCGGCCGUGCCAUCAUGGGAUGACGAUGAUCUGCCCCCGCCCUCCUCGUCGAUUAGUCUUAGAAAAACAACCCAACACCCACAAAACCAACAAACUCACAAAAGUCACAUGGUUUUUUAGUGCCAUACUACUAACGUUACUAUAUUGGGGGAGUUUAGUGCCAUACUAUAUUGGAGGAGUUUAGUGCCAUACACUAUAAACAAAACUACCUAACCACAAACGUUGUCAAGUCAACUGGCCUUGGAGCGCUCGCAGCGGCACCUUCAACUCGCGCAGGACAUUGGACAAGGCGGAAACAAACGCCGCCGCUUGGUCGUGCAGCGCCUUGUCGACGGGGAACAUGUGCUUGGCCGUGUCGGAGAGCAGCCACACGUCCUCCAUGAAGCGCUCGAGCAUGCGGUAGCGCCGCUGCCCACACCGGACGCUCAGCCUCGUCACGUCCAUAAACUAUACAAAGUGCUUUCGAGUUGAGAAUACAUGUAGAAUACGGCGAAGAAUAGUAUACAUUGUCGUAUUGCGGAUCGUCGAGCAACACUCGUACAAACUUGCGGCCAAACGACUCGACAGUGGUCGCCCGUUGGAUAGCAUCGUACAGCAUGUCGUUGAACGCAGCUAUCGGCGGGGGAGGUCCGCCGUUGGCUGGCAUCAUGGAUGGCAACCGAGCGAGGAGGUUGGGGGCUCGACCGAGGGGCUGGGGGCGUUGGUUAGGUAGUGCUGCUGUCAUGUCAUGUCGGCGGUGUUGGAAAUGCAAUUUCGGCGGUGGAACCAGCGAGUUGUCGAUUGGGGGGCGUCGACUUUGGACUUGAUGGGGCUCUUGCCACGAAGACGACGACGACAAGGCGUCGCUGCUGCGCUUUCGGCGGACGUAGUCGUCGGAUCUCCAGUCCGAGUCUACGGGGCGAGAAGGAUGGCGGGGUCUCUGCUCAUGCUGCUGCUGCGGUGGGGGGGGGUAAGGUUGUUGGUGGUGGGUGGGCUGCCGAGGAUUCUCCUGCGGCCGUGGAGGGGGAGGGGGGUCGGACGAAGCAGGACGAAGGACUCGUCUCAUAGAUGGCAACUUGCGAUGGCGGUUUGGUUGAUGGAAGGUCGGUCCACCAUCCCAGCGCAAGGCAUCGGCGGGGCUUCCCGCGUGUUGUUGUGGGCUGGGCAGUCGUGACGACAUGGAGACAGGAUGAUGGGGCUGUCGUUGUGGUGGCGCCGCGGCUGCUCCGAAACCAAGGGACAUGACGGGAGGCAACUGCCGCGAUGAGGCUUGAGGCUUCUGGUGGUAUUCUGGGGUAGUAAACCGUCGCGUUGCGUGGGUAGGCUGGUGGUGGAACUGGGGUUGGACACUCCGAGGCGGCAUGGACGAGUACGACGACACAAGUUCGUCAUCGGAUGCGGUCAAGUCGAGCACUUCAGCUGGACGAGGGAAGGAAGUCGCCCGAGGCGCCGACGAAGCAAGCUCAUGGACUGACGACGUAGCUGGGAGCGACGGCACCUUUGAUGGACCACGUGUCACUCGCUGAUUUGGGGAUGCGGAUGCCGCCGGUAGCGGACUCUUUCGACGACGGCGGGAAGGCUCUUGAGGAAGGGCGGCUUUGGUUGGCAGCGAGCAACUGGCUGGCAAGUCAACCCCGUUGCCCUGGACACCAUCGGCAACACAUGGACGGCUGACGGCACUUGGUUCUGUCGCUAGACGGAUCGGAGAAGUUGGCUGCAGGAGCGGUGACAGCAUGUCGAGGGUCAAGUCUUCGGAAUCGCCGUCAGUGUACACCACGUGGAAUUGUUCUCCGUAAUCGAGGGAUUCCCAUCGACUUGUCACCUUGCCAUCAUACCACCCAAACCCAUCAAAGAACUUGCGGACGCUUCUGCCCAGGAGGUCGCUCGUCGUCGCAGUAGGAGCAAUGGGAACAACGUUUACAGACGUGCGAGUACUCUCCAUGUCUGGAUUCUCGGUUAAUGGACCAGGGAAUUUUUCCUCCGGGAUUUCUGUUGCCACUGAGGGAGAUGGAAUAUCCUUUGUCGGAACAACCGGACAUGCGGGUACGCUGGGCAAUGAGGAUGCGUACUUCCUGUAGGUCUUGGGCACAAACUCGUCCACUUUCAACUCGACUCCACCAGUCCCAAUGUGCAAGGGAAGCAUCAUCGCCUUGGACGUCCGUUUGUGGUUGGCGGCGUCAAGUAGGUUGUGACGGAUGGGGGAUUCGUCUUGUGCAUACACUCGCAUGGUACUUCGAUUCUCCAUGGACACAGGGACAACGGACUGCGCUCGGUGCAGCCACGUUGCCGACUUGGUCGCCGAACACAAUGC